CAUGUCAUCCGCAGUGAAAACGUCUUGUGAUGAUGACAUAUGCGUCUCGAUUGCUCGCUGUUCGCCCGCGGGAGUGGGAAGUUAUCGCACAUCGAAGUGAUUUUUAAGUUUCUUCCCGACUAGACGCUCUCUCGGUUUCCCCAACAACAAUACUCAACCAGGAACUGCUCACUCCAGUGGAACGCGGUCCAAACAUCGAUCAGCUGUUCCCCAAUUGACGGCCUGAGUCAACCCUUGGACCAACACAUCUUGCCCUUCUUAUCAGAUAACAAUUUCCAUUCGACGCGCUGAUGUGUUUCGCUAGAUAGUUUGAAACUUCCAAAACGAAAUCCUCAACAAAGUGUCGUAGUUUGCUUUCUUAUCUCUACAAAAUGCCUGUCAACACAAAGGAGUUCUUCGACGCUGUUGCAAUCCUAACGGAUGAGCGUGAAAUGCGAGUGACAUUGAAGGAGUCGGGCAAAGGCGCCUUGCUCUGCGGGACAGCCUGUUUUGUAGGAGGUGUGCUGUUGGGGCCGGUCGGCCUGGCGGCGGGUGGCAUUGCUGGGGCGCUCACUGCCGCUCGUUUGGCCAAAGGGAAAUUUCGAUCGGCGGGCGAUAUUAUCCGCAACGAACUUACUGAUCGCCAGCGUGAAAAACUAAUUGAACAUAUCAUGAAGGCGGUUGCAGACCUCCAGAUCACUGAUGUCGCUAUGUUGCUGCCCCUGUUGGCUGGAAGUUCGGCUAUUCAGAUGGAAGUUCUCAAAGGCGUUGUGGGAUUUCUUACCAGCGAAAUGCGGCUGCAAAUAGUUGAUUAGUGGCAAUCGCACAAGGGAAUCUGGGGAGAUUCCUAGACUGAGUAUGUGCCUUUCAUAGUUGUAAGAAUUGUACAAAAUUUCUCUAGGCUUUUUAAUAUAAUUGGUCUUUUUUAGUAAG